CAGCGUCUGAAGCACGAUGACGCCUCCAAACUUUGCUUUGUAUUUCACAUGCCUGUUGGUGGUGAACAUAGCUCAUUUGACUUUUCAACAACCAUCUUUACGUUUUGACUUGAAUGUUGGGGAAAAUGUGACUUUGCCGUGCCUGUGUCAAGAUAACACAGCAGUGAUAUUUUACUGGUUAAAGCAAAAGCUGGGACAGAAGCCAAAGCUGAUUUUGAAAUUCUAUAUGCACAGUGAUAAAAUCAACUUUCUGGAUGAAUUUCAAAACAAUCCACGUUUCUCCCUGAGUACAGGAAACAGUAGUUUUUUGAAGAUUUCACAUUUGCAAAUUUCAGACUCAGCCACUUACUACUGUGCAAGUGGCAAUAUACGGCACUUUGAAUUUUGUCAGGGCACGGCAGUCAGUGUAAAAGGUUCAGGUUUGAGCAUCCAGGCUUUAGUUCAUCAGUCACCAUCUGAGAAUGUCAAGCCAGGAGGCUCUGUGACUCUCAGCUGUACAGUCCACACUGGGACCUGUGAUGGAGAACACAGUGUUUACUGGAUCAGAAACUCUGAAGAAUCUCAGCCAGGACUCAUUUACACCCACGGAGACAGGAAUGAUCAGUGUGAGAGGAAACCUGACACACAAACACACACAUGUUUCUACAACUUGCCAAUGGAGAACCACAGUCUUUCACAUGCUGGGACCUACGACUGUGCUGUCGUCUCAUGUGGACACAUACUGUUUGGAAACAGGACCAAGCAAGACUCUAAGGAUGAUGUGACUUCUCUUGUCUUGGUGCGUUUCUUGAGUGGAGCCUUGGCAUUCACCACCAUCCUGUUAAUUUUACUGGCUGUCUCAGUGUACAAGAUGUACAAAAGAAACUGUGCAGACUGCAAUGUAAAACCUUCAGCGACCUCUACUCCAAAUACAGAGUUAUGCCAGGAUUCAGACGACCUUCAUUAUGCUGCUUUAAGGAACCACAAGGUCAACCGAUCCACAAGACAGAGGGACGACACCUUUGGUGAAUGUGUGUACUCCAGUGUGAGGCAGUAUGGUUCAGACGAUCCUGGCAGUGACACCAUUAAACGCACAAUGAGGAGCUUUACCUUGAUAACAGCUUUAUUUCUCUGCUGCACCAACUGGAUCUGUGUCUCAGUGUCUGAGACUCAGACUGUGGAGGUCCAGCCUGGUCAAGAAGUCUCACUGCUGUGCUCCAACAUUUCCAGAACACCAACUCAGACAGACUGGUUCAGACUGGUCAACAGAACAAAGGUCAGCUGUAUCUCCUCUAAGUACAAGUCUGAUGACAAUGCUUCAUACUGUGAUGGAUUUGAAAAUAGAUUUGAAAUGAGCUCCAACGUCACCACUGUCUUCCUUAAAAUAAAGCGAGUGGAUUUAUCUGACUCUGGACUGUAUUUCUGUGGAUUUUACAUGAACGUUCACACAGUCAUUGGCAGUGCAACACAUUUAAAAGUUCAAGAUAAUGGUGAAUCUGAUGAUGAAGCUGAUUGUCAGACUGAAAAAAUGCCUGAUGGAACGACAAAGCUGAUGAGUGUGAUCCUGGGUGGUCUGACUGUUUUUCUGACUAUAGUCAUCAUUAUUCUGGCUAUUAAAAUCAGGAAACUUCAGAAAGCUCUGAAUGAAGCACUGCAGACUGAAAGAAACAAGGAUCUGGGCUCAGACGACCUGAACUACGCAGCUCAAAGUUUCCAGGCAAAACCAAAGAGGAAUCGAAGGCCUGCAUCAGAGAGAGAGCUGGAGCCAAAUGUUCUGUACGCUGCCUCCAGAUAGACUCAGGAAACCACUGGAACAGCAGCUCAGAGUGGAGCUGAUGUGUUAUCAUAUUCACCGGCCUUUGUGUAGUUAUGUGUGUGUGUAAUGGAUGGAAGGGCUCAGGGACAAAACAAUAAAUUUUGACAAA